AUGUACUCGUUCCAAAUACUUCGCGCAUUUCGUCACCGUUUCCUUGCCUUAAGAAACAUUUCAGUGCGAUCUGUUUCUUCAGUCACGAACCUUCCUUAUAUAGAAACCAACACAAGAAAGAAAUUAGAAGCAUCAUUACCAAGUUCUAAUGGAAUAACACAAAUUACAACUCUGCCAAAUGGUGUACGUGUUGCAACUGAAAAUACCCCAGGUCAUUUUUCGGCCGUUGGUUUGUAUAUUGAUGCAGGAUCUAGGUACGAGACACCACGAACUUUGGGUACAAGUCAUAUAUUAGAUCGACUAGCAUUCAAGAGUACACAAAAUCAUUCAAUCGAACAAAUUAAUUCGAUAGUAGAUUCUCUUGGUGGCAAUAUAAUGUGUGCUAGUAGUCGUGAAACCAUUAUGUAUCAGUCUGCUAUUUUCUCUCAGGAUCUUGCUAAGACUAUAGCUCUUUUUUCAGACGUUAUUCGCAAUCUUUGUAUUACUCCAGAAGAAGUGGAGGAACAAAAGCAAACAGCACUUUAUGAAAUUCAGGAAAUAUGGCAAAAACCUGAAAUGAUAUUACCAGAACUACUUCAUACAGUGGCAUUUAAGGAUAAUACGUUAGGAAAUCCUUUGUUGUGUCCAGAGGAUAGACUUGCUAUGAUGACACCAAACUUGAUUAAAGAAUAUAUGUCAACAUGGUAUCGUCCAGAGCGAAUGGUUGUAGCCUUUGCUGGAUCUCAACAUGAAGAUGCUGUUGAACAGACGAUGAAAUAUUUUGGCGAUAUGCCUAAAUCAGCUGAAUUUAAUGCACAUACUUUGUUACCAUUUACAACACCAAAACAAAAGCAAACAGGAGCAUCGUUCUAUAAAACAAUCACAACGGCAGCUUCAUCACUUCUUCAUGCAAAUUCAAAUUAUGCAACAGCAACUCAGAGAGCGCAUUACACAGGCGGUUCACUGUUUUUAAAUCACCCACUUCCGAAUACAUAUGUUAACAUUGCUUUUGAAGGGCUUCCAGUUCAUGAUCCAGAUAUCUAUGGACUUGCCGUACUUCAAAUGCUUCUUGGGGGAGGUGGAUCUUUUUCGGCUGGUGGACCUGGGAAAGGAAUGCAUACUCGUCUGUUUACACAUGUGCUUAAUAGGUAUCCAUGGAUGGAAUCUUGCAUGUGCUUUAAUCACUGUUAUACCGACUCUGGACUUUUUGGUAUUAUGGCAUCAUGUAAUCCAGAGUUUAAUACUUCCAUUAUAGAUGUUAUUGCACAACAAUUUGAUUUUGUAUCAGGUUUCGGAAGCGAAUGUAUAACACAGUUGGAACUUUUACGCGCAAAAAAUCAAUUAAAAAGUAGUUUGCUCAUGAAUUUAGAAUCCAGGAUGGUCCAAUUAGAAGAUUUGGGGAGACAGGUUCAGGUUUAUGGUUAUAAAGUACCUGUAGAAGAAAUGUGUAAAAAAAUUGAUAAUGUUACCUUGGAAGAACUUGUGAGAAUAGCAAGAAAAGUAGUUAGAGGUCAAGUACAUAAUGAGGGUAAUGGUACAGGUCAAGUUACAAUAGUAGCUCAAGGUGACUUAAAUGGAUUACAAGAUGUGCAAAAAAUAUGUGAAAAAUAUGGUCUAGGUAAAACUGGAUAA